AUGACUUUUUCGAGCUCUCCAGACCGCUCGGAGUCGCCUUCCCCCUCUUCUUGGCGCGCCCGUUCAAUUGGCAGCGCCUUGCAGGAGCACGCGGCAGCGUCCCCGCGCAGGCCGACCGCGAGGACCACCCCGAUCAACGGCCACGUGGCAUCCCGUUGCGACCCGAGAGCUGGCUGCGACCCGGAUGACUUAUUCGAUUACUUCACGGAGGAGGAGGUCGACUACGAGCCCACGCCCGAGCCCUCUCCGGAACCCCUCGCAGUGACGCAGGAUGACGUCAUCCCCCCGUGGGCGACGCUUCUCCCGGCGCAGAACGCCGCCCCGGGGUCUCGCUGCAACGACCCCGACAACAUUUCUCUGGGGCGGGCACAAGACCUGAAUUGGAUGGAGGACAUUCAAGCGGAGAUCGCGGAUGUAGAGGCCAAGGUGUACAGUCAAGUGGGAGGCGGAUUGCGCCAAAGCGCGCGAGCUGGCGCAGGCGAAGGCGGCCGCAAUCUCCUCUGUCUCUACGGUCACCCUCGGGGCGGAGUUCGGGCAGUCCAAGGGGAAGCGCCCUGCGAACAGACGCGGGGGCAAGGGAAAGGAGGGGGCUUCGCGCCCCCUCUCGGGGAAACAGAAUUUGGGACAGUAUGGGUCUCGGUUGACCCCUCUGAAGAGGUCGUCCACAACUACCUCGAUCGUCACCACGGCUGCGAUUCGACCUCCUUUCGGACGGUCUCCCGGAAGUCGCGCUGGGACGUCUGA